AUGGCAUGCAGGAGAGCAAUUGAAUUUGCAAUUGAAAAAGGAAUACAACAGGCACUGUUUGAAGGGAACUCGACAACAGUCAUAAAUUACAUCAAAGAUGGCCCACCUUGUCUUGCUUCGUUUGGGCACAUCAUUGAGGACGUUUUUGACUUGACUUCAGACCUCUGUUACUGCUCCUUUUCACAUGUGCAACGGAAAGGCAACUCUGUGGCUGAAAAGUUAGCUAAAUUAGCUAAGUUUUGUGUUGUUCCCAAAAUUUGGAAGGAGGACAUCCCUAAUGAUGUCAAAUCCCUUGUACUACUGGAUAGCAAUUCUGAGCUGGUAUAA